GAGACGUCUAGGAAAAGAAAACUUGACCUUGUGGCGGUCAUUUCCGGCGGUGCAGAAGUCACAAGAGGACUCCAGAAAAACAUAACAUUAAAUGCGUCAUUGUCGUAUGACCCGGAAAUUGCACAUGGCAACCGAUCAGGAAUGAAAUUCACCUGGCAUUAUGGCAAAGUCGCAAGAAAUCACUCCAGUAAACAAGCGGAGGCGAAGGCGGAUAAAGAUUUCUUCAUGGCAGUAAACGAGUCAGCCAUUCAUUACAAUAGAAAUGCAUCUGGCGAACUAGUUUCCUUAAACACCGAAGCUCUGUCUGUUAAUCAGACCUACAUAGUCAAACUGGUAUUGACCAAGGACAGUCGUAUUUCCACCGUUUAUCAAGUUAUCCAUUUGAUAGAAGGAGACCCCCCAGAAAUAUAUCAAAGGUUAGGAUCUACUUUGUCUCUAUUGUUAUUUGGUUUGUUUGGUUUGUUUUUACAGUUGUUUUCGCUGCCAUUGUUAAUACCUAUAUUUGCUCUUGACCCUGCUAUUGCUCUUUAUUUUCGCUAUUGUCGCUUCUGUCGCCCAAUUCUACCUGUUUUGUUUCUGGUUUUGUUAUUUUUCGUUGUUUCUGCUUGCGUUUUUCUAUAUACUUUGUUUUCGCUGUCAACCAUAAUGUUAUUGUUUGCAUUGACGUUUUGGUUAUUACUGUUGUUGCAGCUACUUCAUUAGCAAUUGUUCAUAUCAAUGUUAAAUUGCAGCCACUGCUGCAGCUGUUCUUUGUAAUUACAUGAUCUCAUCAGACAACGGAAGUUCAAAACCCCUUCUUCACUGAGUGUUCGUCCAAUCUUUUUGCUUCAUUUUAGAUGUUUCUUUAACUGUCAACCUAAAGUGAGUCCCUUGGUCAAACUUAGUAUCAAAUCACAAUGUCGCGGAUUACAGUGCUCUAAAAUAUCAUCCUAUGAGUGGAGGCUUUACCGGAAGUUCAAGCGAAACACCUCCUUUACUUGGCAGAGGAAACAUAAUUUACGUCUUAUCACAAGUACACCACUGAAUUCAAGUGACAUUGUUAUCAAAGGAGGUUCCCUUACUGGUGGAAAUAAGUACCGCCUGGCACUAUUCAUAACAAUUACGGAUGGUUUAAUGGGAAUGAAUGCUUACGAUUUUUCUACAGCAAGACCCCCUACAGGAGGGAACUGCUCGAUCACUCCGUCAAGCGGCAUCUCACUGAAGACUGAUUUCAAUCUGACCUGUAGCAACUGGGAAAGUGACAACACCCCUCUGUCUUACCUGUUUCAAUACAGGCUAAAGGACGGUUUGUACAAUGUGCUAUACCGUGGCGUUAACAACAACAUAAGUACCUCUUGGAUACCGCCUGGGAACAAUACAGAUAAUUUUUCUGUCAAAGUUAUCGCUACAGUGACUGACAAUUUUGGAAUUUCUACUUCCCCAUUCUCUUUGACAGUUCAGGUAAGUCGCUAACCAUUAAUUUAAUGUCUAGCAUGAAAAGGUGUGAGAAUAUUUUAAAAUUUCUUUUGGUCCCUAUUAGUAAUAGAUUAGUUACAGUUAUAGAUACCUGCCUUUGUCUUUUGCAGAUCAAGCCAUCUCAGAACACAAGCCUUCUAAUGGCAAAGGAAAGUAUAUUUCAGAAAUUCAUCGAGCUCAGAAACCUGAAAGAAGCGGCGCUAAUAGCAAACUCUUUUAUGCUAUCAGUUUCACAAAAAACCUCAGGGGAUUUGCAGGAGAGAUACAAGGUACUUUUAAAACCCAACCUGUUCCUUAAAAAGUGAAACAAAACUAGUUCAUUAUGAUCGUACCCGAAAAGCAAAGAGUUUACCGAGAGCUAAACACGCCAAAAGAAGGAAUAAAGAAUUUGUAUUAAAAAACAUCAUAAUAAUAAUAAUAAUAAUAAUAAUGAUAAUAAUAAUAAAUCAACUUUCGAAGAUCAGACAAAUAUAAGACAUUAAAUAUAUGAACAUAUUUUUGAGAAAAAUGUAUGCUUGUGCGUUAAAUAUCUGAUAUUUUUGCAGCGCGAGAGUUGUGGCUACCACCUUGGAUGUUCACUUUCCAUUAUUCUCGCGGGUUGAUUGUGUGAGCAAACAAUUCCGUUGUCCGUUGUGACGAGUAACGAAUGCUCAGGAGCCUUGAAUUAAAUCUCAAACGAAGACUUGCAACGUCUUGAAAAUGAGGCUUCAAAGUUUAUUUCAUGGGCGGAAAUCACCAGACAUUUCUUUAUUUCACAUUGGACAUUUUCGGUGUUUUGAUGCAUGCGAAUCAAUCAUGCGCGUGCAAAUUUAUCAUUUUGAUGAGUUUUAACCAGCAAUGUUAUUGGGAAAUCUGAUGCGUUGAGUCUAAAUAUGCCUUUAGAUGUAUUAUCUUUGGAACAAGCCUCAUAUGCGAAAUACAGUCUCUUUACCUAAUUCUUAACCGGUUUAAAUAACAUUAAGUUGAUAUGUGUAUCGUUUUUUAAGGUUAUAAAUUACAUCCUUGAAACCAUUUCGCCCUUGGAAGUGAAAACUGUCUCCGACCUGCUGCAAAAGUCAUCAGUUAUCGGUUCUGCUCUUCAUGUUCUAGAGAAAGUGCCCCACCAGUCUCUGGUAAGUUGAUUGGGGCUGGCCUAGCAUUGGUUGUUGCGUCAAGUUUUUAUACCAUGACACUAUUUAGCCAGAAAGGCUCAAGAAACAACACAAUAACAAGAACAGCAAAGACGAAGAAAACGGAAACGAACAAGCAUGAACAGCAAGCAACUGUUGUGUUAUCAAAUGAACCAAUAUAUAAUUUUGUAUUUACUUUAACUAAUUCGCCAUAAAUUAUCUCUACAAAGAUCACUAGAAAGGAAUCUGAUAGCUGAUAUUCUUUUAGCUUCCGUUUAUAUUUAUUUGCAUUCCACAGAAUUUCUCCUUAUCUGCUCUUAGUUCAAUGACGUCACGGCUAUGGUCUUUUGCCCAGAGACAAGACGUAGCAGACAUACCGCUGACAAAGCAAUCAGCAGAAAACUUGGCUUCAUGUCUAAAUACCGUGUUGAGGGUAACAGCAGUGACUGCAUCAGAAGACUCCAAGUCAAGUUUUCAACAACAAGUAUUGUAAUGUUCAUUUAGGUGAUGUCGAAAAGUCUACGAAUUAAAUAGACUUUUGAAAACGUAUUUAUGCAUGCGAGCAUAAUCAUUAGACUUUAUUCAUUUGUGAAUGGUCCAUUGCAAAUUUCUGUUAACUUAACCGUUACUCCCUUCUUCAUUCAGAUUUUGGACCUUGGUUUGUUUAUUUGUUUUAAGCUUGCAAAAAUCCACAAUAUGCCCACAUUCUUCCAUUUAUGCAAUUUGUAUAGGGUAAACUAUUGGUGAAGACUUCAAUGGAGACCCUCGAGAAAGUUGCAGACUCAUUGUUAGCCUUGACAGUAAAGGAUGAAAGAACGAUGCCAUUUACAGUAGGACAACUUUCUAUGACACUCGGAAGAUUUAGCGUCCAAAGACUUUCAGGACUGGAAAUAAAAGCAGGAAAAGGCCGGUUUAUCUUACCUUCUAAGAGUCAAUUGUUACUCUCUGGAGUAAACAAAACAAGUUUUGUAGAUGUUCAGGUAGGGUACAGGCAUAUUUCAAUGUAAAAGAAUCAAAUCAAGCUUGAUUUUCUUAAGAUCGCCUGAACUAAACCUUAAAACCGAGUUGAUAACAGGAUCAGAUCUCCCUCAACCCACUGUCGUCGUUUUUUUAUUCCGGUCUCGUGAAACUGGCUAUGAAAAUACUUAGUAAUAGGUGACCACAUGAAUGUUAUUUAUGAUUCGUUGUUUUUCAAAUAAAUUUUCAGUCUUAUUUUGCCCUCAACUUAUGAUAACUUGUAAUUAAUAAUAAGAUGGAGUAUCUUGUUUACGUGUUCAACUAUAACAGUGCACAAGAACAAACAAGCAAUAUUUUUAAUUUUCUUCUUUUAGAUGCUCUCAUUUUCUUUCAACCCGUACACUUGGGACAGCACAAAGAAGCGAGUUGGCUCGGAUGUUGUAACCCUGCAGUUGAAAAACAACGACAGCAAGCUUAUUAAAGUAUCAAAUCUCACGGAAGACAUUGUUAUCGUUACGCCUUUAAAACUUCAGAAAAUCUCUGCUUCAGAAAAGUCAUGGUAUUUCACAAGGAACGAUGUUCUACGUUUCCACGAGAUAAAAGUCAAGUAUGAAAACACCCUGCUGAUGCUGGAAAUCAAACCUCAAGAUCCAACCGUACAUCUGUUUGUCUAUAUGCGUUUUGGUCAGCGACCGACAACUCAAGACUACGACCUCAAUGCCACCAUCUCUCAUGACAGAAAGUGUGUUUGGAUGAUAAGCGCACAUGACAAAAGUGAAAGGCAAACGGUCUGCUCCUUGAAUCCACAUGCACCGAUACAAGUUCUGGCUGAGCGUCCUGGGAAAUACUUUCUCGGCUUCAAAAAUUAUAAUGCCACAGUGAACUUAUCUAACAAAAGGGAGAAAAGGUCUUGUUUUGGUGGAGGGCGAAGGAAGCGCUCCUGCAUCGAAGUCAAAGAUCCACCACCCACCUCACCCCAGAGUGAAAAUGUCCCUGUAAUACCAGUUUAUGAUUCCACAACAGACCAGAACUACACUCUGAAGGUGGCCUUAGGUAGUUGCGUUUACUGGUCAGAAAAAUUUGACAAGUGGAUAUCAUCUGGCUGUCGAGUAAGCGAAAAAUUAAAUGACGAUUUUCAGCACAAUCUUUUUUCUAUAAUUUGGCAUUGCAUUCAACAAAAUUCACAUAAUUUGAACUUUCCUGAGUAUUGUUUGCAAAAGUGUUGUUGUACUGUAAUAAUCUUUACUCAUUAAGCUUAUUAUUGAAUUCAGGCUAAUCUUUGAUCAGAGAACAUUUUCAGUCAAAAGUCGAAUCAAUUUGUUAACCUGCCGGGGCUUGGCAGCACCUUAAAGCAGAAAAGAUACAGUGUGAUUAAUGGUGACAGCCAAAAUGUUAAUCUUCCUUGUAUUUUAUAAUUUUAGGUUUUAGCAGAAUCAGAUGGAUUUUUAAACUGUAGCUGUAGCCACUUGACAUCAUUUGGGGGAAGUCUCUUAGUUGAACCGAAUCAUAUUGACUUGGACAAGGUUCUAGUCGAGUUCCAGCGAUUAUCAGAAACUGGAAAUAUUGCUGUAAUCGUGGCUAUUGCGGUGGUUUUACUGUGUUAUGUGGCUGUUCUUGUUAUCGUAAGGAAAUUCGAUAUGGAAGACGCGAAAAAUGUAAGUGUCGAACCAGAUUUUUUGUUUAGGACCGUUGUUUUAGCGGAGCAUGCUCUGCAGUAUAACCCUUUCACUCUCUUAAUCUGAUUGUUAAUUCUCCCUCCGGUUGCUAUACAAUUUUUUGUAAAUAAGUCAUGAUAAUUUGCUAAUAGAUCAACAUAACAACUUCUACCUGAUCAGUUUGAAUAUUCUCAUAAUCUGUUACCUAGAUAAUGUACUAAUAUGUUGAUUCCCAACGAACUCGUUAAACAUAUCUUAAAAGAUAUUUAAGUUUAAAAUUGAAAUGAUAGUCCGUUAAAUUAAACCACUUUCAGGGUUGACCAUUUCUUUCUAUAUUUUAUUUUAUUUUUUUCGGACUGUGACCAGAAAACGAAUUAAGAAUAUAAAUCAGCUAGCCGUGUAAAUGAUUUAUGCAUUAUCAUGUUUUUCUAGAGGGAAUUACCCAUCCAACUUCCAUCAUCUUCAAGCAGCACCUAUGAAUAUGUUAUAGAGAUCACUACAGGAGCUUGGAAAAACUCAGGCACGACUGCUCAUGUUGCUUUGGAGAUUUACGGUUCUGAUGGAAAGAGUGGUGUUCUUCAGCUUAGUCAAGAAGAGCCUGAUGCAAUUAAUACGUUGUUCUCUCGAGGUAAUUCAGAUGUUUUUGUACUUUACGUUAACAAAUCACUUGGUUCGAUCCAAGGAGUGCAGAUUGGGCAUGAUAAUUUUGGAGAUAAUCCCUCUUGGUACUUAGAGGAAAUUCUGAUUCGGGAUGUACAAUCCCAGCAGUCGUGGAAAUUCAUGACCAACCAGUGGUUUGCUCUAGAGCGCGGAGAUGGGCGCAUCGAGCGAAUAAUCGACAAAUCCUCAAAUCAUCUGGAUUUUGGCAAUGAAGUUGCAAGACGUUGGCGAAGAGGCCUUGCGGAGUGGCAUAUUUGGAUUUCAGUAGUAGUCAAGCUAAGAAGAAGCCGCUUUACAAGAGUACAGCGGCUUUCAUGUUGCCUCUCAGUGCUUUUGACAGCCAUGUUAACUAACGCGAUGUUCUAUAAUUUAGAGGGCAAAUAUGAACAGGCUAUCCAAGUCGGACCUUUGAAAAUAUCGUGGAGACAAGUGGUGACUGGAAUUGAAAGUGCGCUUGUUGUGACACCCAUAAACAUUUUCAUAGUGUUUCUGUUUCAGAAAGGAGCUGAAAAGUCUGCGAUGAACAAUGAUUAUUGUCUUAAAGGUACCCUGAUCUCUGGUAUCGCUUGGUGUUUGUUGUUUUUUUCUUGUACUGUUUCAGCUGCGUUUUCAAUUUUCUACAGUCUAAUUUGGGAAAAGAGUGUCAGUGAGCAGUGGCUGUCUUCGAUGCUUAUCUCAUUCGCGCAGGACGUAACAAUCAAGGAACCAGUAAAGGUGUUCUUCACAGCUUUAACAUUGGCGGCCAUUUUAAAGAUAAAGGCGAAGAGAUCAAUAGUAAACACCUGCGAAAGCCCUCAGCAAGUUAAAAUCGGGUACUAUAAGAAACAUUUUUGGGCGCUGCAGUUAUCAGAGGUGGAAGAGAUGAGGAGACGACAAGCUAGGAAACAGAACCUGACACGUUAUUUCACAGAGUUGGUUUUAUACUUGGUCUUUGUUUUCUUGUUGAUGGCAGUGUGCUAUGGAAACAGAAAUGACCAUCGGUACUUGAUGACAAAAUCAAUCCGAGAUGGACUAAAAAUUUUCGGCAAGGUAAGUAAACAUUAUUUGAUUAUACAUGAUAACUCCGUUGCAGAAAUUCGCGUGUUUAAUUUAUCUUACAACUUUUCGUUUUCAUGGAGGUUGAAAAUCAAAUAUAUGAAGGAAAAUUUUACUUUGCCUGCCUCAUCAAGAACUGGAAUUUUUUUCUGUCCUUACAGACGUUCAGUGAAUGACUAAGGCAUUUUCUGCCCUUGAAAUGGAUAUUUUGAGUGGGAAUAUCCCUUUAGAAUUAGGGUACAAGAGAUAUGUAAGUGUGUGAGACCCAAAUUUGGGACUGGAAAGAAAUUCCAAGCGAUAGUAAUGUAAUCCCAUGAAGAGAUUGGCGUUCAAUUCUGCCAUAGGAGAAGUGCCAGAAAGUGGCUACCAUCUCAUGCAAACAUAAUAUUUGAGGGGAUGGGUGCAAUGGAAAUAAGCACGUGAGAAUGAUGGUCUAAAACACCCCCAUAGAUGCUAACUCGCUUGUGUGACUCAAACUUUGCUGGUCUAUCCAUGCCGUUAUAUUUAAAAAAUAAUAAUAAUAAUAAUAAUAAAAAUUAUAUAUAUAUAUUCAUCUGUCUGAUGAUCGCGUAAGCAUGAAACUCAGUCACAGAAAAGUUACGUCUUACUAAUCGAUUUGUCCAACUUUCUGAUCUUCCACGCUCUGCGAACGCAUCGAGCACUAUACCGCGAAGAUAGACUAUGAUAAAGAUUUAUUUAUCUUUUUAUAUAUAUACAUAUAUAUAUAUAUAGGAAGUCUGCAAGUCGAUUUUCGCGUGGAACAGUGCUCAAUACGUUGAAGCAGAGCAGAAUAAAUAUUAUGAGAGGGAAAAAGGGACGCAACUACAUUUCCCGACAAGCCUGUUUCGUGAAUCGCUUCACUCUUCAGGGGUUUAAAGGGGGAUUAAACCCCUGAAGAGUGAAGCGAUUCAUGAAACAGGCUUGUCGGGAAAUGUAGUUGCGUCCCUUUUUCCCACACACAAUAUAUAUAUAUAUAUAUAUAUAUAGGAAGUCUGCAAGUCGAUUUUCGCGUGAAACAGUGCUCAAUACGUUGAAGCAGAGCAGAAUAAAUAUUAUGAGAGGAAAGAAGGACGCAACUACAUUUCCCGACAAGCCUGUUUCGUGAAUCGCUUCAGUCUUCAGGGGUUUCAUUUUCAUUUCAUUCAAUUUCAUUAAACCCCUGAAGAGUGAAGCGAUUCACGAAACAGGAUUGUCGGGAAAUGUAGUUGCGUCCUUUUUUCCUCCCAUAAUAUAUAAUAUAUAAUAUAUAUAUAUAUAUAUAUAUAUAUAUAUAACUAACUGCAGACAGUACUGUUUCGGCCUUCUGGGCCUCAUCAGUGCAGUGCUGAUGCUGGGAUGGAGGUAAGGCCAUAUAGCCACCCCAAGUGAUCUCACAUAUGUGGUAUCAUCUAAGCCAUGCCAGAGUGCUCAAACUAGAAAAACUAGUGAGUAUGCAUAAUGCUAGCAGCAAUGACUCAUCCUAGUAGAGUGCUCAAUUUGCUCAAUAUAUAUAUAUAUAUAUAUAUAAAUUAAUUAAUUAAUUUGUUCAUCUAACCCAAUGAUCUUGUAUUAAUUCAGGUGACAAACAAUACAAUGUACUGGAGCUGGUUACAGCGUGUUUUCAUCCCAGGAGUGUUUUCCGGCAGAUGGUACAACGGUCAACAGGAUAAGCAGACAAUUUAUAUUGGUAAUAAACACUCUCUUCUCGUCGGAAUGGCUCGAGUAAGGCAACUUAGAGUGAAAGCGAGUAAGUUUUUUCCAUUUAGGUUAAUACUUUUUGCAUUUUAGUGAAACCGCUAUUUACCCACACACAUCAUUUUCCAUUUUAUAGUUAUACAUGUUUAAUUUAGUGUGAUAGAGAGGCAAUCAGUAUCCAAACUUAAGUCAGUGUACAGUUAAACAAUAGAUUAUUGAAAUUCGUAAUGAUUACACAUGGAACGUGCAUCGGUAACAAUUUUCUCGACUGCUGACCAUUCUAACAAUUAUCUAGAUGAGUGUUUAGGGUAGCUGCGUUUUUUUAUGCACUUGAAUUAAAUUUGGGUUUUAAUGACGGCGUUCGUUUGCUCCGUCGGCAGAUGCUACUUUGAAGGCUUCUAAAACAACUUUAAUUCUCCUUAACAGAUAUGUCCAUAGUUAUUAAAAAGUUCGAAAUGUGACAAAUCGCUGAGUGAAAUGAAUACCAAAAAAAACUUCCUAAUCAUGAUAUCUUUUGUUUUCCAACUUUUAGCGCAAUGUAAAGUCCCAAACUAUAUGGAGACAUCGUUCCAAGAAUGUUUCAAAGUAUACUCGACGAAGAACGAAGAGAAGACCGCCUACUACAAACCAGGCUGGAGGCCUAUUGAAAAUGCUACGAUUAAUCACGAGUUAUUACAACUUUGCCCGAAGCCAUGGCGAUAUCAACAUGCCGAAGAAACCGACACUACACCUAGGUGGGGACAGUUCUCCUUUUAUGAUGGAGGAGGAUUUGUAGCAGACCUCGGUUAUGAUAGCCAUACGGCAUUCAGCCUAUUAACAAAUUUACAAAAGAACGGUUGGCUUGACAGGCAAACCAGAGUUGUCCUGGCAGAGUUUUCGACACUCAAUCCGUCGGUAAAUAUUUUAGGUGUUGCUACAUACUUCUAUGAAGUUGAUGCAUCUGGACUGAGAGCAGCCUCCAUGCAAACUCGUGUUCUUUCACUUGAUUCUACGGGCACACCCUCGCAUCAGUUUUAUUUGAUUUGCUUGUUUCUGUACAUUCUAUUCGUUUUUCUGUAUUUUGGAAGAGAAACUUUCAAACUGUACAAUCUUCGUUCUCGAUAUUUCAAGUCAAUGUGGAAUUGGGUCGAGAUAUUCCAAAUUACUUUUUCUCUGAUUUCCGUGGUGAUGUACAUAAUGCGACGAAAUAGAGCAAUUUCAAGCAUAGGCAAACUGCAUAAAAACAUUUACGCAAAUCUAAGUUUCCGAGAAGCUAUCACUUGCCAAGAGGUAGAAAAAGCCGUACUUGGAAUUCUUACUUUCAUCGUCACCACCAAGCUGUUGCGCAUCAUUCGCUUCAACAACUAUGUUGCUCUAUUCUCCACAACGUUGAAGAUAUCCGCGCGAUCUUUGUCAUCGUUUAUCAUUGUUUUAUCCAUUUUCUUUGUAGCAUUUUUGCACUUCGGUGUCUUGAUGUUUGGCUCUGUAACUAAGCGCUACUCUUCGGUGCUGAAAGGAGCUUAUUUCCAGCUCGAGCUAACUCUUGGUCGAGUGAAAGCUAGACCAAUCAAUGAAUUAGCGGAGGCUAACACCACAUACGCCAAAAUAUUUACCUUCUUAAUUCUCUUCACUCUUACUAUUCUGUGCAUGAACUUCUUUAUCGGCAUAAUCAACGACGCUCUUUUGUAUGCAAAGAACAACGUGAGCGAAAGUGAGCUGUAUGAACUUAUCAAUGAGAACCGUCGCUCGAGCCCAAAAGAAAGAAAAGAAUUUUAUGAUGCAAUCAGUAAUAUAUUGAAACAGUCGAGAACCUCCAAAACAUCAGCAGAAUUGAAGGACAAAGAAUCAGGAAACGUUGGCCUUGACCCCAAGAACAGUUCCAAUCUCAACUUUGAUUUAAUAAGUCAACCUAUCAUAGCUUGGAGGAAGAAAAGAUCAAGAGAAACAAUAGAUAAACAGCAAUGUAGCACAAGAAGACAAGCAUUGUUCGACAGGAUAAGCAACACGUUAAAAUCUCUGAAAGGUGAAAGCAAUGACGACUGCAGCAAACGUAGAGAAAAAAAGAAAGUAAGAUUUCAAGAGGAUGUCGUCGAGUCUUCCCUCCAUAAAUUACGUAAGAGAGAACAUGACCUGUUACAGCGGCUGGAGAGUAUUGUUUCAGGGUUCACAAUAGAAGACGAAGAAUUUGAUUAUUUAAAAAAAAAAGCAGAGGCUCAUAACUACUAG